AUGGGUCGCAGAAAGACCUGCAUUAAAAAUAGGCUCAAGAACCUGCAUAAAAAUCCCCCUAAAGUCAAGUCCCAAGCACCAGAACUCGUCAAGCUGUAUCGCUCGGGUCCUCGGGUCCACAAGAUGGAAGAUAUGGAAAAGCAUGUCAGUGCAUGUCUUGAUGAUAUUCCGUUAUUGCAGAUCCGAAGGUAUGCAAAUCGUUCCGCAAGGUUCAUGGAUGCAUAUACCAAGGGUCUUACAGGGCCACAAGCAGUUUGGGCGACGAGGAAAUAUCACGGACAUCGAGUCGUUCCGAAUUCUAUUUUGGAGGCUUUAGACACAGCGGGAAAGAUAUGA